CAACCACGCAGAACGCCAUACUGUCACCAUGAUCAAGACUUUAGUUGUCGCCCUUUGUGUGUUUGGGGCCACGGGUUUUUUGGCGGACCCUUAUGACGGUCUGUUCGGAAAAGUUCUGUAUAACGUGGAGAGACAAAUCGCCUUCUUCAGUUCUGACUACAGCGAUAUUAAUGUGGACGGAUUAUUCGGUCUGCGUAUGGCUCAAGGUCAGAUGAUGGAGGCAGUGGAACAGUGUUAUAAAACACCUGCAUGUUCUGGUCAGUAUCUGUCCAAACUCAAGUCCAUAGAGUCCAAAAUCGGAGAAACUUCAGAUAAAGCCCUCCCCUAUGUGAAAGAGUCCGACCCCGCCUAUUAUCAGCGAUUCCUCCAGACCAUCAGCAAGGCGUGGAUACUCCCUUAUCAACCAAUGGAGUUUGACGACACAGAUCUGACAUCCGUCACCCUCGGGACGAACUCCUCCUAUGACGAGGAUUACGGAGACGCUUGUUACGCCAGGGUGAUGGGAACGUUUAACAACAGUCUCCCUCGUUGUACCAUGACCCCAGAAUGCUGGAAGUUCAUGACAUCAGAAAAUACAUCAAAAUACGCCAUCACGCACCAGUUACUCUAUUUCAUCGUCAUUGAGCACGUAGGGUGUCUAAAGCAGGUAGAGAAGGAUUUACACGGACACAAGGUCAGAGAUGUGCAGACGCGCAUGUGCAAAAAAAUCUACAAAGAGGCGCAAAAUUUGGUUAAGAACGGGAACGUGAAAUCAAUAAACAGAGAUCUCUUUCUGGAACAAACUGUUCUGUGUGGACCGUUGGGAUAUGAGAGUUUUAUGCGAGAGGAUUGGAUGAAAAUGGUUCUGCGCUGGUUAGAUGCACGUGUCGGCUGCUUCAGAAUGACCUUGGACGACCUUGAGCAAUUGACCGACCAAAUGGUGAAUGAUGUGUAUAAGAACCUAAAUGUUUCCAAGGCGACUUAUGAAAAAGCCAAAUUACAGGCGGAACAAGAAUCAAAAGAGACGUACGAAAAAGAGGAGGCAGAGGAACUUAAGGCGGAGUCAACCUCAGGCUCCACAAUGAGAAAACUAAUGAGGGAAAAGGGAAUGAAAGAUGACUGUCUUGCUCACACCUCCGGACUUGGAUUUGGAGUUUACGCCACGUACCUGAAUUACCUCAUUCUACAUAUGUAAU